AUGAUGAAGCGACUGCCCGAUAAAACUGUCUCGCAGCUCCGCGCAUCUGCCUUGAUACUCACACCCCUCCAGGUCAUCGAAUCGCUCAUCCAGAAUGCAGCUGAAGCAGGUGCGACGCACAUCCGCCUCUCCAUCUCACACGACAGGAGCAGUGACGUCCCCUUCGCGACCGUUCCUCGCUCGCUCACAGUGUCAGACGAUGGGCCUGGCAUAGCAUCAGACGACCUAGAGCGCAUCAUCUCUCAGCCCCACCACACUUCAGAUCCAACCUCCACAAAGAAUGGCGUGUUCCUCCAUAGCCUCGCGACUGUUGGACGACUGCAGAUCACCAGCAGAGGCCACACUCGAACGAUCCAAUUUGGGCAAGACGUGCGCACGUUGGCAUCCCCAGCACAAGUUCACACAAACGGCACGUCAGUAUGCGUAGAUCGCCUGUUUGACAAUCUGCCAGUCCGACAGCGUAGCCUUGCAUCGCUGACGCUGACCCUGGAUCGACUUCCUCAUCGUCUGAAGGCAUGGUCGAUCGCUCAGCCUCAAAUUGGCUGGCAGGCAAGGCAGAUCAUUCACUGUCUCGAUGGCAGCAAGAAAGAAAAGGUCAUAUUCAGCCUCGCCAGCUCGCCCGGUCGCACUCCUUUGCAAGUCUUUGGCUUGCUCCACGAAGCUUCAUACGCUCAACACUGUGGCAACUUUAGCAUUCGCGAGAGUGCUUUUCAAUUGUCAGGCUUUUACUCGCUUCGCCUCUCGACUAGCCGUCAGCUACAAUACAUCGACCUCAACGGCGUUCCCAGCGCAGAAACGGAAUUCUACGACAAGGCGGUUGAGUCGCUCUGCCACGUUCCCAGUCUGCACGUCCACAGUCCUAAGCGAGCACGCGCAAACAAGACAGCAGAUGCAACUCGUUAUGCCGUCUUUGCGUUCUCACUCCGGUGCAAAGCCGAUGAGGCUGCAAGCCAAGCAGCGCUCCUCGAACACGCUCUGCGAUUGCACCUGGAAUACAGCGGCUUCAUCAGCCGAGCUACGCCUCAAACUGCCGAUCAAUCCGUCUGCUCGCCCUCGCCGUUAACAAAACGACCGGCGCCCAUGCUUUCGCCGCACGCUCGCGACUCGCAGCCACGAAGAUCACCUGCCUUUCGGCGUGCGCAGUCCGACGCAUCGCCUGCCGGGACUGGGCCACGGCCCCAAUGGUUGCAAGCUCUUCCGCUCGCAGUCUCGCCAUCAUCAGCUGAACUACCAAUGCGUUCACUUGCAUCCGUCUCGCAGAAGAGCUUCUCGUUGCCGCCCGCAGCUAGAGUGCAAGUUAUUGCGCAGGUAGACUACCGCUUGCUCUUAUGCGCUCUGUCCGACUCAAGUGUAAGCAAGACCUUGGUCGUGAUCGAUCAACAUGGCCUGGACGAACGAGUACGCUACGAAAACCUGCUCGAGCAGCUCGCGCCGCCCCUGAUGACCAUCUCGCUCGACAGACCGCUCCAGAUACUGUAUGACAGUCAUCCCACUCAAGCUGCUAUGCAGAGGCUGCGUCGUUGGGGCUUCGAAUGCACAGCAAGCGGCAGCACUGUACAGAUCAGAACACUACCAGAACUUCUGGCUCAAAGACUCUACCCGCCCCAGACUGACACGCCUACCAUCGGCGGCUAUGCAUUGCAGCAGGCAUCACCGGUAACCGACGCUUCACUGUUCGAGACAGGCUCGCGUGCCGAGAAGUCAGACGCUCGGGAAGAGCAUGUAGCAGCAGCUGCGAUGGCUUCAAAGGACUACUUUGAGGCACUGUUGGAGCUGCAGGGCUAUGAAUACUUAGCACCGGUAGAUGACAACCUGAUCUGCCCGAUCUGCAGACAAGCAUGGGUCGAGCCACUGAUGACGCCCGAGUGUGAGCAUGUCUUCUGUGCUCGCUGCCUGCACAACGCUCUCGAGCCAGCCAUCAAUGCCUCUCCGGCAGGCGAGGAAGAUGGCGUCGCACAAGCAGCAGCUCGCUGUCCGACUUGUAGGCUGGCCAUACCUGCCGCACCAACGGGACGUUCCUCACCCGCUGCGUACCGCUCGAAGCAUCUCCCUCCUCGGCAACCCUCGAGACACCUCGCCCGACUGAGAGAGCAAUUCGCCAUCAGGCCCGCCCCCCGCUUUAUCACUCAGAUGCUCGAAGAGCAGCUCGUCAGAUGCCUCUACAGAGCUCAGGCUUGCCCCUGGACUGGCGAGAGGCAGCGCUUGCUCGACCACCUGACCUCUUCCGAGCAAGACGGCUGCUUACUCGCCCGGGAAGAUUGCGGACGUGCAGAUUGCACGGAAGUGCUCGACCGAGCCAGCACCGUCGAUGCGCUUCACCGGCAUGUAGAGGGCUGCGGUUGGCGGCUGACAUCUUGCUCAGGCUGUCAAGCCUCUCUACGAUGCAACGAGCUGCAGAGUCACUCUCAAACCUGCCCCGCCCGUGGAGAGACAUGUCCUCAUUGCGAGCGCGCAGCAGACGCUACGGCAGACCGCUCUGACGAUAUUGUCCGAUCACCGCCACAGACUUUGGACAAGACCGCCUUGAUCGAACACAUCUCAAUCUGCCCACAUGUUGUCGUUCCCUGUCCGCAUGCCCGAUAUGGCUGCGAACACAUCGGAGCGCGCUCGAGCUUGACGACCGAGCACCUGCUCAUCGAGUGUCCCUUUGAGCCUCUGAAGGCGUUCUUGUCCGUCUUCCAAGCCAACAUCGAUCGUCUCUCGACAGAGAAUGCGCAACUCAGAGGGCGGCUUCACGACGUCGAGGCAGGUCACCGCCAAUUGCGGGCAAGAUCUGACGAAGUCAGGUCUUCCUUGGCGGGAUUCUACGUUCCGCGCACCGGCGCCACUACUGUAGCAGACGGUGCCUUCCCCUUUCCAACAACUGCACUAGAUGUAACUCCACCGAUUGGAGCGGCAGGCACACAGUACGCUACAGCAGGCAGUCGCUCCGUGGCACCCUUGCAAUCGACUAUCCGUGACAUGCACGCAACGCUCAACGAAGUCACGCGGGGUCUCGAAGCGCUUGAGCUCAAGCAAGAUAUGAGCAUCGCCAACGAGACAAUCCACAUCCAGGAAGAGCUGCAAUCCCUCAGAGGCGCAGUCCACACGGUCAGAAUGCAGCAACACUACCUCAUGAUGGAGCGCAGAGAAGCUAUGCUCGGCUCUACACUCGCCAAUCCUAGCACGAGUCCCGACAUGCUCAAUGAAGCCAAUAUGGCGCUACGGCAGGAAGAUCUAGGCGCCGGUAUGGCUGCCCGUUAUCGGUAUGGUGCUUCCACGCUGUCUAUGGGCGGCUACCCUUUGCAGCCGCCCGGUCUCUACUCACCUCGCCCUCGCUUCUCGCCACCCGAUACAAAGCUGUGA